UACUAGACUGUGGUUGGCCGGAGCGCUCGCAUGCCCGUCAGGUUUGAACUUCCGGGUGUUGAGUCGUUGCAAAACAGGCUAUCCACCGUGUCGUGGUGGAGGACGAUUAUCGAGAAAACGCUGGUUAACGCUGCAAAUUAAAAAUGAUGCUGUCUGAAGUGCUGCAGGUAAUGCGAGGGGCAGGGAAAGUGGGGUCUGCCCUGGUCUGCACCCAGGGGGAGCAUCUCCGAUUGAUGGCCUGCAACUCCACCCUGGGUGCAGGAGUCAAAGUUGCCCAGGGCGCGGUGGAAGGACUCGUGGACACCUUUACGGGAGGCAGUGGCGCGCAACAGUCAAUAAAGGAGGAUGUGUUCCCGGAUGCGGAGGGCUGGGAGAACAUGGCCCCCGAUGAAGCAGCAAAAUGGGCGGUUGGGUCGGAGUUCUCCUCUGAGGCGACGCAGCAAAGCCAGACGGAAGCUGGAGCUGCAGCAGAUGUGCCGACAGGAGCAUAUCCUCCUCCAGGUGCAGCGGGAGGAGGGGCGGGCUGGCCAGGGCAGAGCGCUCGCUUCCUCCACACAUCACCUGGCCUCCAGCGGUACUACUACUGCCAGACCAGGUCUGUGCACGACACUGUGGUGGCCAGACUCUCACCGGAGGACAUCAAGAAGGCCAGGGAGGCCAAGCAGGCCCAUGUCAAACCUGUCAGACAGAAGCUGAGUGACCGGGCCAGAGAGAGGAAGGUGCCCGCCACCAGAAUCAGCAGGCUGGUUAAUUUUGGGGGUAAGAAAGGCCUGGCAGUCGGCCUGGGGAUUGGUGCCAUUGCAGAAGUGGCAAAACAGUCACUGGGAGGCAAACAAAAAGGAGACAUGAACGCUCUGCUAGACUCUCCUUUCCUGUCGGAGGCCAACGCCGAGAGAAUAGUCAGCACGCUGUGCAAGGUUCGUGGCGCUGCACUAAAGAUAGGACAGAUGCUCAGCAUUCAAGACAACACCUUCAUCAACCCCCAGCUGCAGAAGAUCUUUGAGAGGGUCCGGCAAAGCGCAGACUUCAUGCCCGUGUGGCAGAUGAACAAAGUUUUGGAGGAGGAGCUGGGACCAGGCUGGCAAGAGAAACUUUCCAGCUAUGAAGACAAACCGUUCGCUGCGGCGUCCAUCGGCCAGGUGCACCACGGGAUGUUAAAAGACGGCAGAGAAAUUGCCAUGAAGAUCCAGUACCCGGGAGUGGCAGAGAGUAUCCACAGCGACAUAAACAACCUGAUGUCUGUACUAAAAAUGAGCGUGGUCCUGCCAGGAGGUCUGUUUGCAGACAGCAGCUUAGAGGUUCUUCAGAGGGAGCUGGCAUGGGAGUGUGACUACAAGAGGGAGGCGGAGUGCGCCAAGAAGUUCAGGUCGAUGCUGGAGGGCGAUGACUUCUUCCAGGUCCCUGAGGUGAUCGACGAGCUGUCAGGGAGGAGGGUUUUGGCCAUGGAGCUGGUGCAGGGAGUCCCACUGGACCGCUGCGUGGACCUAAACCAGGAGACUAGGAACCAGAUCUGUUUCAACAUCCUGCAGCUGUGUCUCCGGGAGCUGUUUGAGUUCAGGUUCAUGCAGACGGAUCCGAACUGGGCCAACUUCUUCUACAACUCGGACACCAACAAGGUGGUUCUGUUGGACUUCGGAGCCUGCAGGAGUUACCCAGAGUCGUUCACAGACGACUACGUUCAGGUCGUGCACGCAGCUUCCGUGGGUGAUCGAGCAACGGUUCUUUCCAAAUCAAAGGACCUGAAGUUCCUGACGGGGUUUGAGGCCAAGGCUUUCGAGGACGCCCACAUCGAGGCCGUGAUGAUCCUCGGCGAAGCGUUUGCGUCAGAGGAGCCCUUUGACUUCGGCGCCCAGAGCACCACCCAGCGCAUCCAGAGCCUCAUCCCCGUCAUGCUGCGCCACCGCCUCACGCCUCCGCCCGAGGAGUCCUACUCCCUCCACCGCAAGAUGGCGGGCUCCUUCCUCAUCUGCUCCAAACUGAAGGCGCGCAUACAGUGCAAGGACAUGUUCCUGGACGUCUACAACGCCUACAACCAGAGGAGGCGGGCGGAGCAGGCGGCACGGGCCAGUGUGUAAGACACUCGGGGUGACUGCCUGGUGAAAUAUGCCCGGCACUAAUUCAGAGUGGGAUUCGGAGAACAGUGACAGACAGACCGAGGCUUGAAUCCACAGGUGGAGACGCUGGAUCAGACGAGACUCUAUACACUCUCGGAACACUCUGAUCAAUACAAUGAGUGUGACAUGAAAUUUGAAUACCGGUGAUAAUUCUGUCAUGAUAAAUAUAUACGCUUCAGGCCCACACAGCUUUAUGACUGAUUGAAUCAAGAGAGGAAUAUUUAAUUCAUGUUCACAGUCGGUGUGCAUGUGUGUGAGUGUAAUUAUGUUGCAUACAUCUUCCUGCCGCAGUAAAAAACACAAUGUACCGCUGCUGUAAAUUGAAGCCAUCUUUUGUGCGCUUCAGCCUUUCAUAAAUGCGAGAUGUGUUGAUGUGUUUCCUUUGUGCGCCCGUGUCUUAAACUCAUUCGUUCUUACAGCGAGGUGCCACCAUCUUCGCCAGGAAGCUUGUUGUCGGAUAAUGAGACCUGCUUUUUGCCGAGAUGAUGCGGCCUUCGUUAGAGGAGCUUUGUGUGCCACCCGGUGAGUCGGCGAAUGAAGCUUUCUCCUCAACCGACUGAUGAGAUGAGCAGAUUAUCAAAAGGAAUCAGUGGUCGCAGUCUAAUUAAAACCCCACUGAGUAAUUGGUUUUACAUUAUAAAGCAUCUUUGACAUAAAGCUCCAUAAUGUGAAACAUUGACAGACUUUUUUUUGUUUUAAACGUAAAGCAGCGUGCUGUGGUUUUUUAUUUUAAUAAAAGAUUUAAAUGCUUCA